UUUGAUUUUGUAAUAUAAGAGAUUAACAUAAUUUCGAUAUCUUUUGAUCUCAUCCACCGAUGUAACUCGAUCUAUACUUCAAAUUAUAAAUAGAGAGCCUCCCUCACCCAUGCGACCAAUUUUGACAUUUAACCCUAAAUUUUUGUAUCUCUAGCAGCUUCCUAUCGCAGGGGGUCGCGCCGGUGUAGUUUUCUUAUCUUAUGGCGAUGUGUGUCGAAGACAGGAUCAGUAAUCUUCCGGAUCAUAUUCGUUGUUAUAUUUUGUCAUUCCUUCCCAUUCAAGAAGCAGUUCGAACCUCCGUUAUUUCAACCAAGUGGAGAAACCUCUUUGCUUCAAUUUCUACCGUUGACUUUGAUACUUAUUUACUGUGUCGUUUGACGGACGGAAACGUUGAAAGCUUCAAGAACUUUGUUGAUAGGUUGCUGAAAUUCCCCGAUCAACUAAGUUUAGAUUGCUUUAGGCUACGUGGUGAUGAAUUUGAUUCAUGGAAUGACGAAGGUCAUGGUUUUGAUGUUUCUGGUUGGAUAUGUGCUGCAGUGUGCCAUGGUGUCAAGGAAAUUGAUUUGUACUUAGAUAAUUUUUGUCAUACUUUACCACCUCUUUUAUUCACUUGCCACUCACUGCUGACACUGACAUUGGUGUUGUUCCAAUAGGGUCAGAAGCGUGUAAAUUAUUGUACUAAAAAAUUUCACAAAGUUCAAUUCCCAGGGAAGAGAGGUGGAUCACAAGGAUCUCUUAAAUACCAAGUCUUUCCUUAGUCAGAAUAUUCCUUCUAACGUAAUUUAAUAGCACAAUUAAAUACUACUAUUAUACCCUCAAAUAUUGAAAGAAGAAUAGGACAAAAAGAACACAAGAGUUUUAACGAGGUUCGGUAAAUUAUACCUACGUCCUCGGGCACUAACACCAGAUGAUAACUUUACUAUCUCUGAAAUAUUACAAACAAAUAGAAUUCCUUAAGAAUUCUCAAAUGGGAGAAGAGAGAAAACUAAGAGAGAAAGAUUGGUUGGGAUGGUUGAAAUGAGAAAUGGUUAGGCCUAUUUAUAGUUGAGGUUCAGGGACUAACUUGCAAAUGGCCUAAAAAAUUAGGGACCAAAAUUGCAAUUAUCCCAUUCAAC